AUGGCUGCCUGGGUGUCCGCCCUGGUGGGAGCGCUCCUCCUUGUCACCCUGGGAACGCAGGCUUCAGCGUCCCGCGCUUUCCCCGAAGUCGCGGCGAACCAGGCGGGCGCGCGCACUCUGUUGCAGGUGCCGACGGCCGCGCCGCCGGAGGGCUCGGCUUGUGCCGGCAACCAGAUGCUUUGCGCCGUGACGAACAUCGGUUCCUUUACGGCGAACGCCUCCCUGCUCGUCUGCUGCACCGGCGUGUGCCCCGCCUCGGGGGACACCCCCAGGGACGUGGCUGCCAGGUGCAUGGUCAGCACUGGCCCCUCUGCCGCCCCGGGCACGACUCUUAGCGUACCGGUCCCCGUCAUCAGCCUCCCGAGCGCCGCACCCGGGCCGGUACCGGUUACUACCGUCACCCUACCGAGCAUGGCCCCGGGCGCACCGGUCACGAUCAUCGUCGUCCCGAGCCUGCCCACCACAGCGCCCAGCCCGGCGGAAACCAUUCCGGUCCUUCCGACCACAGCCCCCAUUCCGGCGGAAAGCAUUCCCGCCCUCCCGACCACAGUCCCC